AUGGUUGAUAGCAAUGCUUCCUCUGGGUCACCUGAAGAGACUCAAAAUCAGAUUCCAGAUGGGAAUGUGCUUGCUGAAAGUGAUCUUGCAUUGGAUAAUCUAGCACAAAAAGUUCAAGAAUCUCUAACUCUUGACCAAAGACAUAAAUUUUGGGAAACACAACUUGUUGGGCAGUUUAAGGAUAUAGGAAACUCCGCUUUGCCAGAAGGUCCUAUUGAACCUUCAACCCCUUUGUCUGAGGUGAAACAGGAACCGUAUAACCUUCCUAACCUUUAUGAAUGGGUUACUUGUGAUAUUCAUGAUGAGCAGAUGUGUGAUGAGAUUUACACCCUUCUUGCCAAUAAUUAUGUUGAGGAUGAUGAGAACAUGUUUAGGUUUAACUAUUCGAAGGAGUUUCUGCGCUGGGCUUUGCAACCUCCUGGCUACUUCACGAGUUGGCAUAUCGGUGUCCGUGUUAAAACUUCCAAGAAGAUGGUUGCUUUUAUAACGGGUGUCCCUGCUCGAAUCCGAGUUCGUGAUGAGGUUGUUAGUAUGGCAGAAAUUAAUUUUCUUUGUGUUCACAAGAAGCUUCGAACAAAGAGGCUUGCUCCUGUCAUGAUCAAAGAGGUGACCAGGAGGGUGCACUUGGAGAAUAUAUGGCAGGCUGCUUACACUGCUGGAGUGAUUCUUCCUACGCCAGUAUCAACUUGCCAAUACUGGCACAGAUCCUUGAAUCCCAAGAAGCUAAUUGAUGUUGGUUUCUCUCGGCUUGGUGCACGGAUGACAAUGAGUAGAACUAUCAAGCUUUACAAGCUACCAGAAUCAACAGUCACACCUGGGUUUAGAAAGAUGGAAAUCCACUUCCUCAAUUCACCACAACCAUUAUCGUAUUCAACUCACCACCACAAUUCUCGAUCCUCUUCAUCAAUCACCGCAUCUCCCUCAUCAAACCUCAUCUCAAAACCGCAAUCAGUCUACUCACUUUUCCACAUCCACUGUCAACAGCAUCGCAAAUCAAGCUUCGGUUAUCCGCGAGCUUUAGUUUCCUGUCUCUACAACCGCGUUGUUUCCAACAACCAGCCGCAAAUUGCUUUCGACUUCAGCAAGCUUCGAUAUUACUCUCUCCCCUUUACUCUAGUUAGCAUUGAUGUUAUUUAUGUUAAGAUGAAAGAUAUUGUUAUUUGA